CAGAUGGGAGAUGCGAGGUACUGUAUAUUAUGCUUUCAAUUGAGGAAAAGGAAGGGAUUACACAAGGAAUCGACGACCACCAUCGCAUAUUUUGAUCCAUUGAAAUGUGCAAAAGGAUGCAGAAUGAAGAAAUGGACAGACAGAUGUAAGAGGGCGUCCUGCCCUCGAAAAAGACCGUGACAAGUUCAUGGCCGCCAACAAGAAGAAGAAAAUAAUGGUUCUUAAUGAGGAGGGGGCAGCUGUGCCCAUGGCACUGCACUCGACUGCCUCUCCCCCUGACCUAGUUGGUGCCCUAAAAACAGGGCAGGCAAGUGGAGUUGUAGCCAAUGAGGAAGCAAAUAUUGCAGCAACAUCCACUCCAGGCUCUGCAAUGGGUGUUGCUCUUACAAUGAACUCCACUGUCAUUUCUAAUAACCAACCAGAGAAUUUACCACCAGAGAGCACCCGCAGAGGUAUCAAGGUGAUGUUGGACAGCAACAACAUGUGGAAUGAGUUCUUCAGAUGCAAAACCGAGAUGAUAGUAACCAAACAAGGCCGGAGAAUGUUCCCUUAUUGCCGCUUUCGCAUCUCUGGUUUGGAUCCCUUCCAGAAGUACAAUCUGCUCAUGGAUAUCAACCCAGCGGACAACAAACGUUACAAGUGGACUGGGCAAAAUUGGAAAAUGAGUGGAAAGGCAGAAGCCCAUAUGCUGAGACGGAUCUUCAUCCACCCAGACUCUCCAUCUUCUGGUCACCAAUGGAUGCAGAACCCAGUUUCAUUCUACAAGCUUAAGCUCACUGACAACACCAUGGACCAGGAGGGUAAUGUCAUUUUGCACCCAAUGCACCGGUACUUACCGCACCUCCAUGUGGUCUCAGCUGAAAUGCCUACGGAGGAUAUUCAGCUCAAUGGGCAUGACGUAAUAACCUUCACCUUUCCUCAGACUGAGUUCUUUGCUGUAACAGCCUACCAGAACAUACGCAUGUCUCAGUUUAAAGCCGACUUCAACCCUUUUGCAAGUGGACCCUCUUGGGCUCUAAAGCUGAAAACGAGUCCCUCCAAUGAUUCAAAGAAGAAUGAAACCAGCUCUCCCAGUGAACUCAAGCCUUUGAAAGGCUUGAAUGGCCUGAAAUCUUUAAUGGCUGCAAAACACAGCUCUAAAGACACUUCAGCAGUAGAUAAAGGACUCCCCAGCGCGGAUGCUCAAAAUGUUACACCUGCAGGCAGUGAAACCAGAUCUCCCAGUGAGCUCAAGCCUGUGAAAGGCCUCAGUGGCCUGAAGGCUUUGAUGGCAAAACGCAACUCUAAAGACACUUCAGCAGUAGAUCAAGGACUCCUCAUUCCAAAUGCUCAAAAUGUCACCCUUACAUUUGGUGACAAAUCUGAGGUCAACAGCCAUCGACCCAGCUCCAUGCUGAAGUCAAGUCCCUCCAAUGAGAUGAAGAAAGACCCCAGCAAAUCUCCCAAUGAGCUCAAGUCUGUGAAAAGCCUGAAUAAUCUUAAGUAUUUGAUGGAGAAACGCACUUCUAAAGAUACUUUUGCAGCAGCUCAAGGACUUUUCUCUUCCGAUACUCAAAAUGUCAUGCUUGCAGAAAGUGACAAGUCCAGCGUCAAAAUAAGUCACUCAAAUGAGUCGAAAAAAGACCACACCAGAUCUAACAAUGAACUCAAGCCUGUGAAAAGCCUGAAUAACCUGAAGUCUUUGAUGGCAAAACACAACUCUAAAGACACUUCCCCGCUAGAUCAAAGAGUCCUCAGCGCAGAUACUCAAAAUGUUUCACUUGCUGACAAUGACAAGUCCUGUGUCAACUCUAUUGGGCCCAGCUACUGCACUCCAAAGUUGAUAUCAAGUCCCUCCAAUGAGUUGAAAAAAGUAGAAACCACAUCUCAGAAGGAAUUCAACCCUCUUAGAAGUAAUCUGAGGUCUUUGAUGGCAAAGCGCAACUUUAAAGACACUUCAGCGGUAGAUCAAGGACUCCUCAGCUCUCAUGCUCAAAAUGUUACACUUGGAGAAUCUGAGAAGUCAAGUGUUAAUGAUCAUGCACCCAGCUCUUGCAAGAAAUCAAGUCCCUCCAAGAUGAAGAAAGAUGAAACCAUAUCUCCCAAGUUGCGCAAGCCUGUGAAAAAUACCCGAAAGUCUUUGCGCGGAAAACGCAAUUUCCUGAAGACUUCAGUAGCAGAUCAAGGACUCACUACCUCCGAUGCUCAAACUGCUACAGUUGCAGACAGUGAAAAGUCAGUCUGUAAGAAAGAGUCCACUGAUCAAAGUUCCUGUACAAUAGGUCCUCCCCAAAGUAACUUCACUGAGCUGAUUCGGGAGUGUCAUCUGAAAAUAAGAAGGUGCAAUGUGGAGAUAACCAAUACAGCUUGCAAUGUUGAGCAAACAGACACUAAGGGCAUGGUUGCCAAAGGCAAAGUUGUGGAAGUAGCUGUGAAUUACAAUUUUUCCCAGAUUCCUGACGUGUUGUCGAAAACUAUUACAAAGGUGGGACCCCAGGAUGAUGGGAAUACGAUUGACAGUGAAAAGGACCACCUCUGUUCAUCUCAGUCCCAGGAACCUGUGAAGACCCCUGUGUCUAUCAAUGACCAUUCAGCAGAUGAAGUUGAAAGCAGUCAAAAGGCUUCCCAAAGCUCCUCAGUGAGCUCUGAAGCAAAAAGGACAGGUUCUGAUGAACAGCAGCAGGGGAAGGCUAAACCACACAAACGACCUGAACCUGUGCCUUUGCCCCUGCUUGCACUCUACCUUCAACAGUUGAAGUCGAAAUCCAGACCUUUUAGGACCAAACCAAAAUCUCCUUUGCCUUCUACUUCAUCCCCAUCUUCUACUGUUCUAACUACUGACCCUACUGGCCCAGCCACUGACCCUACUGGUCCAGCAAUGGUCCCCACUGGAUAUGCUGUUCUUCCAGCCAGUGAUUCUGUAGUUCGAGCCACUGACCCCACUGGGCAAACCACAGACUAUGCUGGUGUACCCACCGAUAUGUCAGUCCCAAACACAGAUUUUUUGGUUCCUGCCACAGACUCAUUGUUACCAGAAGCUGACCCAGUUUCACUUACUGCUGAUCAGUCGUUACUUGUCGCUGAACCUACCUUAUCCAUUACACUAUUAUCCCCCACUCCACCCCUCAUGUCGCCAUUCCCUGACCCAUUGUUACCAGCCCCCGACUCAUUAAUACCAGCCCCUGCCUUGUCAUCCCAUGCCCAAGAACUGCCAUCCCCUGUACCUGUCACAUUGAACCUACCGGCUGACCUAUCAUUACUUACCUCUGACCAUCCCUCAAAUGCCCCUGCGCUGUCAUCAACGGCUAGUGUUGCCACUUUGAAACCUGAGUGUACCCCAUCGUUAUUAUCCCCUGGCCCUUCACUAGGAGGCUUUGAGCCAUCAUCACCUGCAUCAUUACCAGAUCUUGAGCCCCCUUUACCUUCCCCUGUUCAAUUGAAACUGGUCCCAGCCCCAUCCGUACCUGUACCUACCUCGUCAUUCCCAGCCCUUGAACAAUUACCGUCCCCGAACCUUUUUGUACUCUCCUCUGAACUUUCAUCACAUGCAUCACUGUUAGCACUACCUGCCCCUGAUCCUUUUUUAACAACACCCUUUAUCCCAUUGUUGCCUUCCGCUCACCUUAACCCAUUACCCUUUGAGGCAGUCUCAUUUUCAUCUAACUCUCACCCUGGCUCACUUGCUCUGGACCCUGGCUUAUCCUCACCUCCCCUGGACCCCGCCUCAUCAUUUCAAGUCAAUUAUGAACCAUUAACACGCCCUUCUACACCGUCUCCACUCCCAUUCCAGUUAUCUCCUUUUUCAUCGUUAGGUCCCGACCCAUUGUCACCAACCCCUUCACUUGCCGACCUCACUCACUUUUUCUCAAUCUCUGAUGAACUUGAGAUGACGGAAGACUUUCCAAGCAGUGAGGCGGCUCCUGUCCUAUGUCCUCAUGUCCCAAUUUUAAUUACCCCUAGUGUACCAGUUGGUUCUACUCUACCAGUUGGUUCUAGUCAGCCAACCCAGAGCAUUAAACCCCAGAGAUCUAAGAAGAGAUCUAGGACAGGAGUGAAAUCUGCCAAGAGUGAUCCACUCCCAGUGAUUGGGGGACCCACAGAUGUCACCAUGCAGCCCAACCUGGAGGAAGUUGAGGAGCAGCUGUUCGUCUCUUUCACCUCCAAGGAAGCACUUGAAGUCCACCUAGGAGAGCCUGCAUUUCGUGAGACGACAACCGCACAACCUGAGAAAACCCCUGAGGCGAAAGAGAAUGUGGGAGGAUCUGAAACCACAGAGGAAAGAAUAGCUGCUUUCGAGAAGGUUCUUUUGGACGAUCUGAAGGUUAUGAAGCAUCGGCAGGUCAUUCAUCCUGUGCUGCAAGAAGUUGGACUGAAGAUGAGCUUACUGGAUCCCACUCUGGUCAUCGACCUGCAAUACUUAGGCGUCCGUCUACCUCUACCGCCACCCAUGCUAUGUUUAGGACCAAGCACUGCAGGAUUGGCAUCUCCAAGUGGUUCAGUUCCCUUUGUUUCCAGGACGGGCAAGACAACAGACUUCACCCAAAUCAAAGGCUGGAGAGAUAAGAUUGUCCCUUCAGACUCCUCAGCAUCCGCCAAGCCUGACGUAUGUAGCCCAAUAGGCUUUAAAGAUGGCCCGAGUUCAGAUGUGGUCCCGAAGAACCUGUCGGCCUUCUGCAGUGACAUGUUGGAUGAGUAUCUGGCUAACGAAGGCAAACUCAUCGACGAGCGAGCUGCCAGUUUCACCCAGACCACUGUCGUCACCCCUGUGACCUACCAGCUGCCCACCAAGAGCACCAGCUACGUCCGAACCCUGGACAGUGUGCUGAAGAAACAGGCACCGGCACCUUCUACCACCUUUGUCCCCCCAUCCAAAAAAAACAGACUGCCCCUCGCAUCCAAAGGACCUAAAAAAUCAGAGAAAUCUGAAAAAAGGCAACAGAAACAACGCUCAAAGCAGAGCAGAACUAAACCAACUUCUGCGCCAACACCAUUACAAAUUGCGCCACCGCCAUUGAUGGAUCACGCAGCCCCGGCCAUCGCCCACGACGACACAAUUAAAACUGUGAAAAGGACUAAGAGGAAGCCGAGGGUCAAGACUCCUCCACCAGCGCAAAACUCUGUUGUGUCGAGGCCAGAGGUAGAAGAGCCACCCCCCCCUGACCUGGCUCCUGUGGAGGGCGACUCAGAGCCAGAGUCUGCCGCUGCUGAGACCAGGGUUGUUGUUCCUGGGUUGACCAAGGCCUUUCUCAGACAGAGGGAGCUGGAGGACGGGGUUGUCUGGGAGGGCAAGCAUCAGACCUGUAUCACAGAGGACAGGGCAACAGUCGCCCUCACCUCGCUCUUCACUUCAACGGGCUUUGUUUGUGAGAAUCCUGCAGCUCCCAUUAAGAUUGUAAAGCGCAGUGCUCCUCCCUGCCUCAAUGCGUUCUGCCGGCUGGGCUGUGUGUGUGCCAGCCUGGCACAGGACCGUCGUAUUACCCACUGUGGAAAGAUUGAGUGUAUAUUUGGCUGCAGCUGCCUCAGGCAGAAAGUGGUUGUGCUCAAAAACUUAAAAGGACCAGAUUCCAGUGCGUCUGAAGAGGGCCCGUCCAAGAAGAGCAAGAAGAGAAAGCGGAUGAGGAUGGCAUAUACUCUGAGAGAGGCGGAGACCGUAUCAGAACCAGCUCGGCGUGUGAGAACUUUGUGGAAGCACAACGAUGGAGAGAUGGACCCGGAGCCCCUCUUCGCCCCAACACCAGUCUGUCUUCCAUGGCUUCCAUUACAGGAAGAGUCUCCAGUAGUGGUGCGAGCGGAGGAAGGGACCAUGACAUGUGCCAGAGUGCGUGUGUUUCAAAGCAAGAGCACAAACCGACCUGAGGACAUUGACAACCACUGCAAACCAAUAGACUCCUCACCAGUGAGCCCUUCCAGGAAGUCAGAGAAGUCGCCCUCCCACAGUUCCCAGUACACGGAGCCCUGCAAGCGUCUGGAGAUCGUGUCUGAGUGUAAGUGGAGGAGCCUGGCGGACAGGAACUUGGUGCUGAGGAUUGUUUGUGAGCACAUGGCCCAGGACCACCUCACCAACCCCUUCUGGGUCAAAGGCUACCUCAUCAAACCCGUGUCUCAGAACCUGAGGAACGACGGCGAGAGCUGCUCUGUCCACUACAAGGUACAUAUCUCUCAGGUCUCGCGACCGGACGGAGUGGAGGAGGCAAACAGUGAGGAGGAAUGGAUGAGAGAGGAAGAAAAAGAAAUGAUGGAGGAAGAGGAGGGGGAGAUGGAGGAGCUGAGAGGGGAAGAUAAGGAGGUGGAGGAAGGACAAUGCACAGAGGAGAAGCAAAGAGAGCAGGAGAACAAGGCUGUGGGGAAGAAAAAGGGUCUGAAAUGGAAGGGCCUGCCUUUCUUAAUAGGAAUUUCUCCUGCUGGCCUCCUUACUGCCAAUCUAAAGCAGAUAGAAAUCUCAGACAAGGAACUUGUCACGGUGAAUGGCAGGUCCUACCCCAAUGCCAAGCUACAACUGGGCAUGAUGGGAGCCAUGCACCCAGCCAACCGACUUGCUGCUUACCUCAUGGGCAAGUUACGGAGGCCUACCGGUCCAGAGCCUUCUAUGGCAUCCUCCGUCUCAUCACAACUCAUCACACCCCCCUCAGAAACCCCUGAAGAUGCAAGGUCCUCCACGGGACAACCGGCCCAGUUGACAGCCACUCCUACCACCAGUCUUACCAUGGUUACCACCACCAGUGUUCCCUCUGUCGUUUCAGUUGCUGCAGGCCCCAAGUCCAUUGUGACUAACCUGCCCCCAGCGGGAAAGGUCUUCACACGGUUUGUGGUCAACCAAAUCAGCUCCUCACGGCAGAGGCUGCUCCUCACUAGUGAUCCUCCACAGUCGUUGAGUAGUAUUCAGCAGCUUGCCGUGCCCUCUACCUCUCUGGUAGAGGUAGCCUCAGGUGAUGUGUCUCUUCCAAAGACCUCCCCAAGCAGCGGAGUGGUUACUAGUCCCCCCAUGCUGGUGCUCCCUGACCCAGGGACCAGUAACGCUGUCAGAAUGGCGUGUCCUCCUACGUCCCAGACCCCGACCCCUCUCAUCCCCCUGACCCCUCUCGCAGCAGGGCGGAGGAUGGUUCUGCAGCCGGUGCGGAGUGCCUCAGGGACUACCCUAUACCGGAACCCUAACGGACAGCUAAUCCAGCUGGUUCCCCUCAGCCAGCUGCAGGCCCUCAACCCCAACCUCGUCAUGCGCAACAAGGGGGGUUUGAUCAGCUUAACCACACCUGCGUGCUUGGCCUCGGGAUCCACAGCCACCCUUAACAGCUCCCCCUCCACCACCUCUCUCACCACAUGGCAGAACACCAUCACCACUGUCCCCCUGGUCCCUUUCACUGUCCCAAAGACUCCAGGCAGCACCACCACCCCUAAAACCACGCCUCCCGAAGUCACUUCCUCCAUACCAGGCUCCAAGUCUUUCAACACCAGUAAAGUUAAUCUCUCACCCGCUGAGACAACUAGCGGGACGUACACUUUGAAGAUUGUUCCUCAGACGGGUAACAAGGAGCCCAUCAUCAUCAAGUGUCCCAAGGUGCCAGCCCAGCCAGCCCAGGGCUCCUCCAAGGUCAUGCCUAUAGUAGGGGGCUUUACUGUGCUGCAGCCUUCCCCGAAAACCACAGUAAUUACUGUCAAAUUCCCCACGAAGACUGUUAUGGAAACAGGUGUCCAAGCUGCCACCACCACCACAGUGGACUCCAAUGUAGACUGUAAGGUCACAUCUGAGCUGUAUAAUUGGAUGCUGCCUUGCCAGAAAAGCACAAAACCCCCUGUAAGCCACAAGUUUAAAUGUAUUAAAGCUGACACUAUCUCCACAACAGACUCCAGUACAGAUCCUAAGAUCCAGCCUGAGGUGGGACGAGUGCCCCCCAAAAUCCUCAGACCCCCUAUAACCCUGGUUCCAAAGACAGAUGCAACUUCGACACCUAUCUCGUCAGCGGACUCCAAUGUAGACCCCAAGCUCUUUCCUAGGAUGGCUUGUGUCAAUCAACCCUACCAGACCUGGACAGGACGACCGAAGAAGAGGAGGAAGGAGGUUGAGUUUGUGGAUCCGGUGGAGGAUGAGGACGACUCUGACGACAUGGACGAGGGGACGGAUGAGGAGACGGACAACUCAUCUGACGAGACGGAUUGUGUUAAUUCCUGUGUUAAUGAAGAGGAUCUCAUCGUCAUCAGUAAGCAGCUGAAGCACAAACACAACGUGCUGGAGAGGCAUCGGCGCUCCGAGCUCCAGGGACGCUUCCAGCAGCUGAGGGAAACACUGGAACUUGACGAGAAAGCUGCUAAAAUUAAAAUCCUCAACGACGCCAAGGAGGAGAUCCAGGUAUUGACAAAGAAAAGCACCAAUGUGGAGAAGCUGAGGAGUUCGCUGACCAUGGAGAGAGCAGUUCACGUCAAGAAGAUGUCCCAGUUAACUGGAGAGUCUGAGGAACAGAUACUGACGAACAUCAAGUACAUCGGUUCCCAGCAGAAGAUCGAGAAGCUGCACAUCAACUGGAAGAAAGAAGGGAAAGUCUCCUCUGCUGUCUCGUCUUCCUCAGUUGUCUCCACCUGCGGUGAGUCUGAGCAGAGGCCAAGGCCUGGUCCCCUGUCAAAGAGGACCACAGAAGAGGCUCAGGGAGGUAAGAGCAUGGGAGGAGUGACAGCAGAAACGGAGGAGGACAGGGAUGAGGUGGUGGACCUUCUGGAGGACACGGAGGACGAGAAAACCGACAACUCCUCAGAUGAGACCGAGGAUUCUGACGUUGACGACGACAAAAACUACAGCGCUAAAGGGCACGUCAUCAAUACCAUCAGUGAUGUGGAGGAAAGCUUGCUAGAGGAUGAGCCUGUGGACAUUGAGAGUGUGGAGGACAAUGCAAAGAAGAACACCACUCCACAAUUGAAGGAAAAACGCACUAAAGAGCACUGGGACUUGCACAACAAAUAUGAGAGACAACGCUGUGCUGAGUUUCGGAAGAGCUUUAAAGCCCUGAUAGAGACUUUGGACCUUGGCAACCCGACACCUACUAAUGUUUUCAUCCUAGGGCAGGCCCGAAAACAAGUCAUUGACCUGAGAGACAAAUGCGAACGCCUGGAAAAACUGAAGAGUGCGCUGACCGAAGAACGAGCUGCUUAUAUCAAGAAAAUCUCCCAGAAAUCUGGAAAGACAGAGGAGCUCAUCCUCAGGAAACUUCAGGACAUCUCUACCAAACAGAAGAACAUGGACGUGAUGUUCAAAGGGAAGCUGAGAGCGGCGUCCUCAGCCCCCUCGUCAUCAUUCUUACCCAAUAAAGCCAUCUCACCCAGCAGCACUCAACAGCCUAAGCCAAAAUCCCUGGCUCCCGGUCUGAAGUUAAAGGUGGUACCCACCCCUGUCCCACACUCUAUCCCCCCACAGCCUGCACCCAAACAACCCAAGACAAGUCCCAUCAUCUCCCCACCCUCCAGGAAACCCCUCUCAACGUGUCGUUCUCCAGGUGAAAGGACAAGACCUAACAUCCUGUCUCGCAGGAAACCACAACCUCCCCUAGAUUCCCCACCUGUUCAUGCUCGGUUUCUCCCUCCUCAAAUGCUGUCUAUAGUGGGGGGAGUGAUACCAUCUCAGCAGGGGAUCACUAAGAGCCCAAUGCAGCCUGCCAGUUCUCUGCUGCCGGUAGGACGCGUCACUGGAAUCGAAAUGCAACAGUCUCUAAUACCAGGUGUCGCUUCAGUUACCAUCUGUAUCCCCUCAAUGUCACAACCCAUUUCUCUCACUCCACCUCGUAAUAUCCUCAACAGGGGAGGUCCUCAUAUCGCCAAUGUGAUUUCAUUGGUCAAAGCCCCUCCAUGUGUGGCAGGGGGGGCUCCGAGGAGGCCAUCUCCAGUGAAGGGAAGUGGACUGGAGGACGGGGAGGUGCUGGGGAAGCAGCUGGACCACUCUGGAGACGGUGUAAAGAUCAACGACGCAGACAGGAACUCGGAUGAGGAGGACGAAGACAACGAAGAAGGUGACGUUGAAGACGAGAGUCUGACGUCUCUCCUCAACGAGAUCGUCUUCCUCAACCAGCAGAUGACCACAGACAACAUCAGCCCCAGUGGUCUUCCAGUGGUCACCCACAAACCAGCCACUGAGCCUGGGGAGGUUGGUACGGACCGGUCCUCACCACCACCACCGCAGGCAGAGAAGGAAAUCAUCAGAGAUGGAGAUGACGAGCGCUCCCUCAGCCCCUUGUUUCUGAGACUUGACGAGGACCUUCUGGGGCUGAAAGAGAGACAAGGCCAGGAUGAGGCUUCCAAAGGCCCAGGCCUGCCAGUGCCACAGGCAGAGGACCUUAAAGUGGGUUCUGGAUCCAACGAGAAACCAUCAGACACAGGUUCUGCUCCUGCUCCGAUUGUCAAUGGGCACAGCCCACAAGGACCAACAUGCACUGCAAAAGGUCACGGUGUACUUCAAAAGGCAUUGACCCCGCCUCCACUGCUGCAGAUGAAAGUUGGCGUGGCCAAGGUGCUGGAGACCAAUGAUAUGCCGGGGGAUGCCCUAGCCCCGCCCCCGCUACUGCAGAUGAGGCCAAUGCCGAGGCUAGCCCCACUAGGACUAAAGAGCAACCCUCAGACGUAGAACUAAGCACUAACUAACUCGGGGUCAAUGUUGUAGCCAUCUCUCCUCAAGACCCUUACUCACAUGGGUCGUAAUCAUUUGUCACCAAACUGACUGAAACAGGGUUGUACUUCUACCUGAACUUGUCCAAUAAGAAAUGUUCAUUUUUGUUUUUCUGUUGCAAAAAGUUUCACCACGAUGUGCUGUAAUAAAUAUGACCCUUAUGUGGCUCAACCAAUCAGGGAUAACUACAUUUAAAGGUA